AUGCAGGGGCGUGCGCGGGCGUGCGGCGGCGUGCAGUCGGCCGGCGCGGCGGCGGCGCGCAGGCGGGGGCGCGCGGGCGUGCAGCGGCUUGCAGGGGGCGCGCGCGUGCUGGGGCCUGCGCGGGCGUGCGGGCGCCCGCGGUGGUGGGCUGGGGCGCGCGGGCGACGGCGGCGCGCAGGCGAGCGGCGUGGCGGCGGCACCCAGGCGACGGCGCGGGCGCGAGCUGUGGGCUGCGCGGGCAUGCGGGCGUACGCGCUGGAGGGCUGGGGUGGGCUGCGUGCCGGCGGGCGGCAUGGCGGUGGCGGGGAGGCGGGCGGCGGCGGCGCUGAGGGGGGGGCGCAGGGUGGGUGA